UGAGAAGCCAACAUGACAUCUUAAUAUUUCAACUGCAUGACUCAACCCAGUCAAAGUUCUCCUAAUAUUUUGGUGCCUUAUACUCCAAAAUGACUCGCAGACGUAAUUCCACCUUCUCAUAAGUCUAGAUGAGCUUGGAAAACGGAAGAAAACUACUUCAACGCUACAGCUUCCCUCUCGGUUCUUCACUAACGGUGGACAUCUUUAGUGAAAGUCAACCAGCACAGACUGCGGACCAGCAUCGGUGCAGGAUGCCUCUGGGAGGAGGGAACAAAUGCGGCUGCUGCCAGAAAAAUGUCUACUUUGCCGAGGAAGUGCAAUGUGAAGGGAAGAGCUGGCAUAAAUCCUGCUUCCUGUGCAUGGUGUGUAAAAAGAACCUGGACAGCACAACAGUGGCCGUUCACGUGGAUGAGAUCUACUGCAAGUCAUGCUAUGGCAAGAAGUAUGGGCCAAAAGGCUACGGCUUUGGAGGAGGAGCGGGGACCCUCAGCAUGGACACGGGAGUGGGACUCGGAAUUAAACCCCAAGUAGAAUCUCCACACCGUCCUACAAAUAACCCCAACACCUCCAAGUUCGCCAAGAAAGCCGGCGGCUCAGACGCCUGUCCACGAUGUGGCAAAACCGUGUACGCAGCAGAGAAGGUUAUUGGAGGUGGCAAUUCGUGGCACAAAGGUUGCUUCCGUUGUGCUAACUGCGGCAAAGGACUUGAGUCUACCACCCUGGCGGACAGAGAUGGCGAGAUCUACUGUAAAGGUUGCUACGCCAAGAACUUUGGUCCCAAGGGAUUUGGUUUUGGUCAAGGUGCAGGAGCUCUGGCUCACUCCCAGUGAAGCCUGGAUCCACCUCCCGGCUCCAUUUUGUUCGUUUCAUCACAUGUUGAGCUUCUGUCCAUCAACACGCAUGCAGAUCAUCUUAAUCGUGCUUUCAAGCUCAUGUGUAUUACAUAUUCAAUUUUUAUUACAAUUUACGAGACAUAAUAGCGUCAUAUAUAUACUCUAUCUUCAGCUACAUCAUGAAGACAUGCUCAAGUUUCAGCAAGGAACCUUUUUCUACAAGGCAAUAAAAUUUCUCAGUGAAUAAAGGUUAUAUAAAGUAAAUAUUUUUCUAGAAAAAUACAUUUUAAAUUAUGAAGUACACUAAGAAAAAAAUAGUGUGCCAGACAAAUCCCAUUUCAGUUGGCCAAAACCAAAUAGGAUAAGGUCAGCGUGUUUCACAACAAAUAGUCCAGACCGCAUACUUUACGGAUUCGGACAUUCCUGCUCCAGUCCUAUUCGUCAUAAAGCCUCGCAUGCCAGAUGUAAUCUUAGUGACAUGCAAAAUAAAUAUCCAGCAUCUGU